GAGCCGAGCCGAGCCGAGCCCAGCCCAGCUGAGCUGAGCAGAGCCGAGCUGAGCUGAAUUGAGCCAAACCGAGGUCAAGCUGUGCCGAGCUGAGCUGAGCCGAGCUGAGCCAAGCUUAACCAAGCCGAGCAGAGUUGAGCUGAACUGAGCUGAGCUGAGCCGAGCCAAGCCAAGCCAAGCCAAAGUGAGCCUAGCCGAGGCAAGCCAAACCAAACCAAGCCCAGCUGGACAGAGCCAUGUCCUUUAGCGUCCUGGUGCGCCUGCCCGUGGCGGUGGCUCGGGCGGUGCUGGCACUGCUGCGCGGGCAGCUGGGUGCGCUGUGCUGGAGCCUGGCGCCCUUCUCCCUGUCCCUGCCCGGCUGGCGAUGGGUGUCAGCUCCCAGUGCCCCCGCGGGACCCCGGCACCAGCAGGAGAAGGACAACGCGUACCCAGCACCCACCAGCGUCAACUACCACUUCACCCGGCAAUGCAACUACAAGUGUGGCUUCUGCUUCCACACGGCCAAGACCUCCUUCGUGCUGCCCCUGGAGGAGGCCAAGAGGGGGCUGGCGAUGCUCAGGGAGGCAGGAAUGGAGAAAAUAAAUUUCUCCGGAGGAGAACCAUUUCUUCAGGACAGAGGUGAAUUUGUAGGCAAACUGGUCCAGUUUUGCAAGCAGGAGUUGAAGCUACCAAGUGUCAGCAUCGUUAGCAACGGCAGCCUGAUCAGAGAACGGUGGUUCAAGAAGUACGGUGUAUAUUUAGACAUUCUGGCAAUUUCGUGUGAUAGUUUCAAUGAGGAUGUCAACGUUUUAAUUGGCCGUGGUCAAGGAAAGAAGAACCAUGUGGAAAAUCUGCAUAAACUGAGACAGUGGUGCCGAGAAUAUGCCGUCGCUUUCAAAAUAAAUUCGGUGAUCAACAGGUUUAAUGUUGAGGAAGAUAUGAAUGACCAGAUCAAGGCACUCAACCCCGUGCGCUGGAAGGUAUUCCAGUGCUUGCUCAUCGAAGGGGAGAAUACCGGAGAGGAUGCCCUGAGAGAAGCAGAGAAAUUUGUUAUUGGCGAUGAAGAGUUUGAACAAUUUCUGCAUCGCCACAAAGAUGUCUCCUGUUUGGUACCAGAAUCCAAUCAGAAGAUGAGGGAUUCAUACCUCAUUCUGGAUGAAUAUAUGCGUUUCCUGAACUGUACAAAUGGACGGAAAGAGCCUUCCAAGUCCAUUCUUGAUGUUGGCGUGGAAGCAGCUAUAAAAUUCAGUGGAUUUGAUGAGAAGAUGUUCCUGGAAAGAGGAGGAAAGUAUGUGUGGAGUAAAGCAGACAUGAAACUGGACUGGUAACUCAAUAGACAGAGUUUGGGCAGAUGCGCCACGUAAAGAAGAUGGGUGUGAGGUGUGUGCGUGUACAGAUGUAUCCGAUUCUUUUAUAUGCACUUGGUAUAUUAGGUUGUUGUUUAGAAUAUCUGUUACAUGCAAAGGUGUUAAAUGUUUUCAGCAUGUAGAUGGUAUUUUUAUCCAUCGCUUGCUUGCACGUUACCCAGAAAGUACAGAGCUUUCAUAGAAAUAGAUCUCAGAAAUGGACUUUCUCAUCUGAUGUAUGAAGUACUCAAGGGCAAACUGUUAAGGUAAUGUUACACAGGAAAAGGUUUUAUGAUAAAACCUAAGUGUGCACGCCGGAAAACAAACCCAGCCCCUUCGUCCCAGUCUCUGAUUCAUUAUGAACAGCUGUAAUGAUGGGGAAGUGGAAACUUCUCACCGAACAGAUUCUGCGUUGCUCCAUGGGAGGGCAGACUGCAGUUUCUCACCGAGUCACAAGAGGGCAAACAGGCGGCCCUGUGGAAGCAGUCCCUGCCUGUGCGGGGGGAACCGAGGGGCACAACCUAGGAAUGGGUAUCUCGCAUGGUAGAUAGAAAAGGAAAUCAAGGCGAAAAAAAUGGCAUUUUCAUUCCUUAAGACUUAACCAUAAAAUCAGCUCUUGGCCUCCUCCAUCUCUUCCAUAGACACACGGUAUUUGCAAAAGUGUCAGAGGAUGUAAUUUUUGAAAGAGUAUUUUAUUUAUCAUGAAAGAAUAUUUUACUUGUCCUAAAACAUAGAAGUGCAUUUUACCCAAUUUGAACAACUUCUUAUUUCCCAUUAGCAAUGACCUUAAUUCAAUCAAAUAUUUACAGCAAAACCAAUAUUUGCAUUUUAUUCAGAGCUCGUUCCAUUUUCCUUUCAUCAGCAAAGAGUAUUAUUUUUACCAUUUUUUCCCUUCCCAUUAAUACAGUUCUGAUGAAGAUUCCUGAUGAGAUGAUGAUCCUAUGUAGCAAACAUAGCAUGUGUCUUCUCUUGCAUACUGGCUGUGUUACUUCUGUGCUUUUUCUUUUCCUAAGACAUGGAAUUACAAACUGUAACAAAGUUCAUGGAUCAUACAACCUUGUUUUAAAGGUUGCUUGGCUUAGCAAUCGUUGUUACUUGCUGGUUACAAACAUGUAUUCAGUGAAGGUAGUUGGGUUUUGUGAUAGCUAUGUUUGAAUUUAAGAGCUGACAGCAUCAACAUGAAGUACAAAAAAGUCACUAAACCCUACAAAACCAAUAAUCUAAUAUGCUGCAUUCACGCUUGGUUUUCUAGCUUUAUAAUCACAGUUGUCUGAAUUUAACUAGUCCCAUUGUCCCUAAAGCUCUGUGUGGAGGGUGUGGGGACAAGCAUUGCACAAAGCAGAGCUGGCACUACUCGUUCUCAUUGUCCCUCGAACUCAGCACCUGCGCUGCCUCAGACAUCUCAAUAUUUGUAGCAGUUGGCAUGCAUUAAAUGUACUACGCAAAGAAAAUCACACCUUUCCUUUUUCUGAUCGUGCUAGUUGGUCUUUUUAAACAGUUUUUCAGGAGAAAUGCUUUGCAUUCCCUUAAGGCAUCUUCAAAGCUGAAGGGGCAGGCACUUAAGUAGGAGCUGCUUCUUCUGACUAAAGGAGCCGCAUCUCUGAAUACACUGUGAAAAUGUUUCCCUUUAUAAUUGCUUCAGUUUCUGUUAUAAAUAUGCUGUCAAAGUGAUGCUCUUUUGCUUCUUUGUGUUUUCUGUUUUGCAAUCACAACACUUCCUAGUUGCUUAAAUUCAGUAUUUUUUUUCCUCGCAUUAAUACUAAGUGACAUUUAAGAUGUACCCCCCCCCCACUUUAACCCCCCCCCAGUCUUUUGGCAGCUGUUUUGCUAGAAUUCUGCCUGAGUAGCAACGUCGGGCAGCACAAAUUUAUGUAACUGUGGGGUUUGACUUCCUCGGUGUUCCCAUGGCUCAGCUGCUCAGUCCAGCCCCGUCCUCAGCAUCUCUGAGAAAGGGAGCAUUUUCCUUUGCUGCUGGCUCACUCCCAGCGUGGGGAAAGAUGGAGCGUGUCCAUGUACCGCUAAAGGUACCAGCGCGCUGGCUCUGCGGGAGAUGCCAGCUGCAUCACAGCACGCAGAUGCGAGGGGCACAGCCUGCCCUCAGACCCAGCCCUGCCAUCCCUGCCUUUGCAUCUUCUCUGUAAAGGGCUCUUGUGUCGCUGCAAGAGAUCCUCUGCGCCUGAGGAGGAAGCUGCGGGAGAAACAAACUGGAGCUGAAAAUGUGAAAAGACAUCGAGGACGGCUUUUAUCAGAAGGUUCUGAGUUCUUGCCUUCUUAAAAUCUUAAGGGUUUUCAUCGCCUCUCGCUACCGUGCAUAAUUAAGACGUUUCUGCUCUGCGUGAUGCUCUUUUCCAAAGGAAAUGCCAGUCGUGUGCAUUAGAAAUGAAGAAUUUGACUUAGCACAGUUUGACAGACAGUUGUUGAAGUUAAAGAAUAGCUAUGAUAUUUUUAUAGGCAAAAUUCAUUUUUGUGCAAACUCUUCAAUUUUUAUAUUUUUUUGGCUACGGUUUGAGUAACCUCCCUUAUUUUUUAUUUAUUUAUUUUUUUUAAUCUAUAAACACAGUUCACGUUGGUCCAAAACUGGACUGCAGGCUUUCAUUCUUGUAGUUGGGCCUGGCUUUCAGCAUGGGAGUAGAAAAAUAAUACUGCAGUCAGUAGGGCUCCUCCCAGGCUUAGAGAUUUCAUGCACACUGUGACCCUGCAGAGUCAGGGUUUAAAUUUAAGUACUACAGACACAGAUACGCUUAAUUGUGUUUUCAUGUGUAAUCUCAUAGUACUGCAGCUAAGCACUUGCUGAGGACGCUGAACCGAGGAGGGACUCGCGCUGUAGUUCGGCAGCAUUAUCCUUAUUUCUAAAAUCUGUAGAAAAUGAGUGCUUGGGAGAAUUAGUUCCUUCAGUUAAAAUAUACUUUGGGUAAUGAAAAUAGUGUAAUUUAAGAUGCAUUAUCAGAUGCUCUCUUUUUCAGUGCGAAGGGUGCUUGACAUGUUUGAAUGUUACAAAUGAUGA